GCUGAGUCACGUAGCGGUAACUUCGUUUGUGUAAAAAUCAGUCGGCAGUCGUUUGUAGAACGUUACCACACCCGUUAUAAUUUAAAACCACAAUUUUAUACUAUAGAAGGUCUACAAAAUAUUCUCCUUGUCAUAUCGAGUAGUUCUAUUUUAUUAUUUUCGUUUUAUUCAUUUAUGGUAAUAGUAAGAUUCAAUAGUUAUAAAAAAAAUAUUGCUUCUGAUAACAUCGAGGCGAUAAGCCAUUGUUUAGGAGAAUACUCAAAAAGCCAAGGAUCAUCCGAUAAUAUUACUGUAAUUAUUGUAUUUUUAACACCUCCAGAUCAAAUUGGCGCAAAGCAGUUUGAUACUCAUUCUUUAUCCACGGAUGUGAAUACAAUCAACAUGGAAGUAAAUAAUCGACAUAUGUCAAAUCCCAAUUCUCAAUAUGAUGUUGAUACAGAAUUCAUGGAACAACAAUUUUUUAAUAAAAACGACUCUGCUUUUGAUGAUAAUGCGUCGUACGACAAGUCGUCAACUAUAAGUCAAGAUGGUAGAACUUUAGGUUACGAGGAUGGUAAAAAUGACGAUCUUGGUCCCGAGACGAACGUUGAUACUCUCGAUGCAGGUGACAAUUGUACACUUGUGAAUGCUUCAAGAGAAUUAUUUUCAAAUGAAAAGUCUGAUAAUAAUCUAACUGUGGGAAAUGAACUAGGCGAUACAUUUUCAUGUCCUUCAAAUAAUACAAAUGAACACGAUAAUAUAACAAGUGUGGACAAUGUAGGUGAUAGUGACGAGUCAGAUGACGAAUGGAACUUUUACAGAAUUGAACCAAAUCAAGAAACGGAAAAUUUUUUGCAACCAAAAGUAUCAUCAGUGGUCAGUGAAGUUGGUGAAGAAAUUGUAGAGCCAGAAAUUCUCGAAAAUUAUAAAGAUUUACUAUCUGAUGAAAAAGUAAAUUUUAGCAACCAAAACACAGAUAAAAGUGAGGAAAAAGAAAGCUUUUUUUCAUCGGACAAACCUGAGAUAAACAAAAAUAACGAAGACUUAUUACUUCCUGAAACUCAAGAUAAUUGUUCUGAAGAAAUGGAUUUUUCAUUAAAUCCAAAUGCUGCAGAAUUUGUUCCCGUAUCAUCUCCUCCUUCAAUUCCAUCACGAUUUAUGGAUUUGCCAAUAUCAGGUUCACCAUUGAAACAGACAUCAAUGAUGGACGAUAUUAAUUUACCGAGUCCAAAAGAAUUUAAAGAAGAGGCAAGUCAUCGUCCUCAUGAAGUUGAAGAAGAAGAUAAUGAAACCAUAUCAUUAAACGGCAAUGCUUUCACAGGUGAAAACAUUGAAGAGUUUGAUGAAAAAAAGAAAGCUGCUUUGAAUUUAGAUGAAUCAGAAAUUUCGUCUACAAGAGCAGAAUUUGGUGACGAAUCAAAUAUUAGUUUUCUUGCUACAGAUUUUCAAAAAGCAAGUGGUUUCGAUGGAUCAUUCACUGAGUCAUGCACUGAAUAUGAAAAUGAUCCAAUGGCUAUGUCUAUGGGACCAGAUGGAUUCAAUCUGCUCAGCAAUCCCGUUGAUUUGAAUGCUAUUCAUGAUCUUAACGAUUCGGAUCUAUGUGAUAUUAAUUCUCUUGGUGAAGAAAAAGAACAAACUUUAACCCCAGUAGAUGACGACCAUUCUCAACCAUUGGAUCUUAAGUCUCCAGAUUCUAAUGAACUGCAACUUAAAUCAACUCCUUUAGAACAUGAAAAUACUAAUAAUAAUAUAUUGUGUACCUUAUCACCUUCUGAGGAAUUAAACGUUAAAGAUAUAGAAAAUAACACAGAUGAAAUUAUAUCACAAGUUGCCGCUAUGAACUUAAAAAAUGAACAGUUAUCUGAAGUGUGUUUAGAAAAUACAAAUGAUUUUACGAAUAAUACUGACAAUAUAAAAAAUAAUGAUCAGGCACAAGAUGAUUCCCCACUUACUGAACAAAAACCAGCAGAAUCUUUAUUCCUUGAAUCUCAACAUGUACCUCUAGAAAAUGUUGAAAUUCAAAAACCACAAAAUAAAUUUGAUUCGUCAUUAGAAAAUUGCUUAAUCUCUUGUGAUGAAUCUAAAAACCUAAAACAUCAUCAAGAGGAAAUUAAUUUAACAGAUCAAUGUAACGAAAAUACUUUUUCUGACUCUGAAAAAUUAGCUUCCCACGAUUCUAUUAAUACUCAAGUAAUUACUAAGUCAGAACCGGCUUUUAAUAAUGAAUGCGAAUUUAAAAACGAAGAACAAGAAAAGAAUAAAGAAAAAGACAAUGUGCCGGAUGUUUCAGUAAGUGAUAAUUUUACUGAUUUCCUCGUUGAUAUAGUUCCAACAAAAGCUCAAAAUAGAGAAAAUUCAAUUAUUGAAAAAGAAAAUACGGAUAUAACUGUCAGUCCCAAAAAAUCGAUGGAGCUUUCAAAGUCACUUCAAGAAUUCACCGGGUUAGAAAAAGAACUUAGUCCAACUGAAAAUAAUAAAGAUUUAAUGGAAAAUAUUUCUCACAAAAUUUCUGAAAAGUCACAAAUACAAGAUACUUUAACAACAAAAGAUGCGGUUGUAGAGAAUUCGGAAAAAUCUUUAGAUCAAACAAUAGAACCAUCCCCUGAAAAAAUUAAAGUUUCAGCUGUUGAAGCGAAAAAUACCACGGCUGUUGCUGCAAAAACAAAAUCUAAUAAAAUAUCAUCCAAAACUAUCACCAAAACUUCUGCAACGAAAUCGUCUACAAGAGUAACGUCUGCUGCUUCAUCGAAACCUCCAGUAGGCGUUGUAUCUCGUUCUACUAAUUCAUCUGCUGAUACAAAAAAGGUAACAGGAGUUGGUGUUGCUGGAAAUUCUAUCGAUGCUUCAAAAGCGUCAACUUUGAGCAAACCUUCAUCAAAACCAGGAAUAAAAUCUGCUCCUCGAUUAACUUCUGUAUCUCAAUCUAAAUCUUCUGCUACCAAAGUCCCAUUGACGACUACUAAUACAGAAAAAAAAUCAACUGUUACAACGAAUGGAGAUUCUAAAGCUAAUAAAAUACCCCCAAAAUCUCGGACAUCAACGGUUGAUGUUCCUUCAAAGCCUCUAGUCAAAUCAACAGUAUCUUCUGCUCGUCUUACCACAACAACAAAAUCUAAAUCUUCUGUUGGGACUACUGAAUCUAAACUAGGACUAAAAACUACUGUAGAAGUAAAGUCUUCUGGAAUUAAUAUACGACCCAAAACGGCUCCUUCUGCACUAACAACUACCAAAUCUCGUACUUCAAAUCCUGCAAAACCAUCAAUUGUUGAUAAAAAUGUCAAAGAAACUGCCAAUAAACAAAUAUCAAACCGCACACCUAUUACUAAUUCACGAGCAAGUAAUCAAGGUCUUCAUUCAACAACUACUACGGUUUCAGCAACAACAAAACGAAGUACCACUACUGUUCGAACAAUCAAACAACAAUCGUCAUUGACACGCACAACUGCUAAAAAUAUCAAAACAUCUAUUAAAACAAAUGUGAAUAAAACACAAUUACCAAAUAAUGUCAAUGAGAUAAAGAAUACAAAAGUUAUAGAAGAAUCCUUGUCUGCUGUGACGAUUGUAAAUGCAGAAACUGUGUCGGAAAAAGAUUCAUCUGCACCUACUAUAGAGAAUCAACAAAUUAUCGGUCAAGAAUUAUAG